CAUCCCCAGCUAGUGUCCUGUGACCUCACUAAGGAUAUGGUCUGGUCACACUGCCCAUCUCCUCCCUGUGUGCCUAGAAGAUGUGUCAUUCCCUACCAAGGUUUCAGCCUGGACAAGAAUGGCUACUUCUCAUUCCAGCCAGACCGGCUUCUGCACAUCCAGCGCACCGUGACACUGGCCCAGCACGCUUCUGGCACAAGUUCGGGGAGGUUCCACUCGGCUUCCUGCCUUCAGCCACAGCCUCAGGAAGCUGCUGCCUGGAAGAGGCCGUGGGUUUGGCCACCAGCAACUCCUCUGAAACGAAGUUUCCAAAUCUGCUCUUUUUGGAUGGGAGAGAUGGGAGAGAUGGGAGAGUCCCUCCCUUGGGGAGCUCAGAGCUGCAGCCUGGAGACUGGGAAGCUUAGGACAUUGUGUUUCGUGCAGGGGGCAGAGGGCAGAGGGCCCUGGGGGAUCAGGACAGGCUGCCCAGAAGGAAGGAAGCAGCUUUGCUGCCAAGGCUGUGGAGUAACGCCUGCGGGAGGUGCAUUCCUGGCAGGGUAGCUCCAUGUGCCAAGGCCAGGAAGCUCAGGAGGGGCCAUGUGCUGGGAAGACCCUAUCACUGUGUCAGGGAGCGUCACAUUCCUAUGCUGGACAAUGGAAGGAAGAAGGGGGAACACAGGCCGAACCUGAGGCUGGACAGGAGGCGCCCCCAUCCCAGCUCCGGUAGAGGGCUAAAGAGGAGUGGGUUAGGCUGUGUGCUGAGCUCAUUUCAGCUGCAUCUCCUCGCCCAGCCACUGUAAUAUGAGGAACACUCUAGCAGCGUACAUCUGCCAGUGCGCCCGUGUCCUGUACAACUUCACUGGACACAAAUUUGAUUUCAUUUGUUAUGUAUGGCAAAAGAUUGCUUUUUUGUAUGUGUAGUUCUGAGCCCAGGGCUUUUGCACUGAGCUGCGUCUCCAACCCUUUUUCAUUUUCUAUUCUGAGACAGGGUCUCACUAUGUUACUCAGUUGCCCAGGCUGGGCUUGAAUUUAUGAUCCUUUUGCCUCAGCCUGCCAAAGUGCUGGGAUUACAGGGGUGUGUCACCACACCUGGCAAGAUUAUUCUUAUCAAUUGUAAAAAGAUGUAUACAAAUGUAAAACUUAUUCUUAGAUCCUUGGCCAUACAACCACUGUGGGCCAGAUGUGCCCACUGGGGAAUACUGUGGCAGACUGUGAUGCAGAGGAUUGUGGGCAGGUGUCACAUGUCCGGAGGGCUGAGGAAGUCAGGCCACGCGAGGGGUGGGGAGAGUCACAGGGUAGGGUGCUGGGUGGGAGAGGAGAGAAGGGCUGCAGUGGGAACCCCACAGUCAGAGGGGCUUCAUCCAGGGAAGGAAACCAGGAGGGUGACAGGAAUGGGAUAUACAAAUCCUGGCCACAGAACAGAAUGUGUUCCCAUACUGGGCAGAUGCAGCUACUAAGAGGGCACAAGGGGCACCAGUGAGUUUCUGUCAGGCGACCGAGGAAGAAGUUAGGGACAACAGGGGACAGGGAAUAUGGCAUUUUGUCUCCAGAAGUGCUCACUGAGUCUGGAAGUUAGAUGUAGCCACUGGAACCUUGGCAACGAAUGAGGCAGGGUACAGAUGGGUAUCUGAUUAGUCUGAUGCACCCACAGUCCAGAUCACGGACAUUUCACUUCCUCUAUUGCUUUCUCCAUCUGUGACAUGAGCCAGGGGAAUAAAAUGGCUGAAGCUGGAUGGUUAGGGCAAAAUUGGCCCCAGUCUGCCCAGCUAGUGACAGCCUUCUGGAGCUCUCUGCUGGGACAGAUGCCCACCCCAUGUCAAUCUUGGGCUUGGGAUCUGUGAUCGAUUCCUGAUGUCUGUCCUGGCUGGGAGGGCAGGGGUGGACGCGUGCUGUGCACCUGCCACUGGGGCUAAUGGCUGCUGUGGGGCUGUAGCUGGGGCCUGCUUUAAUCCUCCAAGUCCCAUGACCACCAUAGAACAUUCACAUCCUACUGUGUGAAUGUUUUGGAUGGGAAAGUCACGUCUGGCAAUCAGACAGAGAAACUUCAGGAGCCCAGAGCCAUGGCUCUCCGAAAUGGGGCUUCUUCAUGAGACCAGGUGGUUCCAGCAAGGUGGGCUUGAGCGGUGGAUGGAAGUGAUUCCUGAGAGUACGGGAACUGCACGUAUGUGUCAUUCAUUCAUUCAUUCAUUCAUUCAUCCUCUCACCCCAUCCCAAUUCACCAGGCAGCUGCAUGUCAGGCUUGGAGACAGGAAAGGCAGUAGAGAGCCUCCAGCCUAGAGGCAACAUGGAAACGGCAAACCUCCUGGGUCUGGGGGACCACAGUGGGGGAUUUAUAAGGAGCAAUGGUGAGGGAAGAGAAGAGACAAGGAACAGGGACCCAGGAAGGUCCCUAGAAGAAGAAACACUUACACUGGGCAGUGACAGUGGUGAGGGACCCUAGGCAGGUAGGAGAGGGGACAGCAGGAGAGGGAGGCACGUGACUGCAGCGCCCUCUCCUGGGUGGGAGGUCACCCUGGGUACUGGGCAGGGGAGGCUUACUGAGGGUUGAGUUCCAGCCCCUCCACUGGAGCUGGCAGUGCAUGUGACAGCAGCCUGCACAGCUGUCAGUGCUGUCACAUUUCAGCACACAGUGCUGCAGAUGAGGGCCUGAGGCUGCAGAGGGAGGGUCGUGUUCAUGGCCCUAGCUGACGGCCAGCCCUGGGCCUAGGACCCAAGUGUGCCCCCCCUGAGGCCGGGCAGGCCGCUCUGGCCCAUGGCCCAGCCUCAGGAGCCCUUUGCUUCCUGUUCCUGCAGUGCAGCCGCCCCCACCCCGAGAUGUCCAGAUCUAUGCCACUGGGGACCAAUUCCUGCUGACCUGGAGUGUGGCCCUCGGGGGUCCCAAGAUGUCCUGGCUGUCACAGGGGGACCUGGAGUUUGAGGUGGUCUACAAGAGGCUUCACGAGUCCUGGGAGAAUGCCAGCACCCUGCACUCCAGCUCUUCCCAGGUCACCCUGGGGCCCGAAAUCCUCCUGCCCAGCAGCACCUAUGUGGCCCGAGUGCGGACCCGGCUGGCCCCACACUCGAGCUUCUCAGGGCGGCCCAGCCAGUGGAGCCGUGAGGUUCACUGGGACUCACAGCCAGGGGACAAGGCCCAGCCCCAGAACCUGCAGUGUGUCUUUGAUGGGGCCCACGUGCUCAGCUGCUCCUGGGAGGUGAGGUCCCAGGUGACCAGCUCGGUCUCCUUCGGCCUCUUCUACAGGCCCAGCCCGGAUGCAGGGGAGGAGGAGUGUCCCCAAGUGCAGAAGGAGGAGCUUGACGGCCUCUACACCCGCCAGUCCUGCCAGAUCCGUGUCUCCAGCCUGAGGCCCCACGGCCAGUACAUGGUGGCCGUGCGCCCACGGAAUGAAGAGACAUUCAUCAAGAGCUCAGAGCACAUCCAGAUGGCAGCCCCAACCCUCAGCAUGACCAAGGAUGGAGACAGGUACACCCUGCACUGGGAAGAAAGGAAUGGACGCAUGACAGGUCCGGAGAUCCAGGUCCAGCACAGGGAAGACAUGGCCACGUGGGAGGACAGCAAGACUGAGACCCUGAAGAACGCGCACAGCAUGCCGCUGCCCCCCCUGCAGCCCGCCACCACCUACUGGGACAGGGUGAGGGUCAGGCCCAGCCCCAGAGACAGCUACGACGGGAUCUGGAGCGAGUGGAGCAAGGAGCAGGGCUGGACCACUGAGUGGGUGCUGCCUCCCUGGGUGCUGACACUCAUCCUGGUCUUUGUCACCCUGGCCCUGCUCCUGGCCCUGCGCUUCUGUGGGCUCUGUGGGUACAGGCUGAACAGGAAGUGGAAGGAGAAAAUCCCCAACCCCAGCAAGAGCCACCUCUUCCAGAAUGGAAGCGCAGGGCUCUGGCUCCCAGACAGCAUGGUGGCCUUCGUGGGCAGGAGCGCCCCUCACCAGGGGCCCGGGGCUGGCCUCUUCCCUGAGCUGGAGGGGCUGUGCGCUGUAGAUCACAGGGACAGUGAGGUGUCACCUCUCACCACAGCGGACCCUAAAGUUGUCUGUGACCCUCCAUCCGGGUCUCAUUCCACUCCAGCCACCACAGAACUGCCUCCAGAACAGCCCCCCAGCCCUCAGCCAGGCCCACCAGCCACCCAAGGCCGGCCUGAGGACCAGCUCGCCACCUUCGACUUCAAUGGCCCCUACCUCGGGCCGCCACACAGCUGCUCCCUGCCUGACCUCGUGGGCCAGCGUGCACCCCCACAGGGGCCCAAGCCAGCCCUGCCAGGCCCCCUGGAGUACCUGUGUCUGCCCCUCAGGGGGCAGGUGCAGCUGGUGCCUCUGGCCCAGGUCACAGGGCAGGGACAGGCUGCCCAUGAGGAAUGUCUGCCUGAGCCUGGCACCCAGGCCAGCCCCUUCCUGGAAGCUGGGGGAGGCCCUGCCCCUCCUGCAUCUGAGCCCAGGGGCCAGGCACAGGACCCAGAGGUCAGCCCAGUUGUUCUUCCCAUAAGCUCUGGGGGCCCUGAGCACCUGGUCCUGGCCUCUGGUUGUGUCACCACUGCAGACCUGGCACUCACCUUGUCCACAGGGGCCUCAUCUGUCUCCCUGGCCUCCGCUCCAGGCCUCCAGAACCCCUGCCUCUGUCCAGGGCUGCCCCCCACAGGGCCCCCCACCGCCCCACCCCCCGAGAAGCCAGGGUUUGAGGGCUAUGUGGAUCUUCCUCCAACCAUGGGGCCACUGUCCACAACCCCUCUGGGCAGUCCUGUCCCUUCUGCACCCAGCAGCCCUGUCCUGAGCCCAGGGGAGCCCCAGGCAGAUGUGGCCCUGCUGUCCCCAACUCCUGAGGGGCUCCUUGUCCUGCAGCAGGUUGAGGACUACUGCCUCCCCUCCAGCAUCGGAGCCUGCCAGUUCCCUUCCCAGGCCAGGCCCUCUGUUUGGGCAAGGGGGAGCUCAGAUGAAUUAUCCUAGCCAUGAGGCCCUUGCCUGGGCGUGGUCGAGGGUCAGGUAUAUGGUUCCUCUUCUAAGUGAUGAAGCCACUGUGGCAUCCAUCACUGCUCUGUGAAGUGGCAACAAACUGGGGAAGUAUGGCUGCCACUCUGCCUGGGCCAGGGCUCUGGCUCUAUCCCCUGGCUUCUUUUCCAGAAAUUUCUGUUAAGUCCUCAGGGGACCAUCAUGGCAACAAGCAGUGGUUCUCACACUUUACCAUGCAUCCGAGUCAACCCCAGAGUGGGUUAACAGAGCUUUUGGUUCAGUGUGCCUCCCUGGAGUCUCAGCUGAGAGGCUGGCUGGUACUAUUUUCUGGAGUUCCACACUGGAAAAGGUAAAACUAUGGCGAUAGUAGCUAACGGGUCAGGUGAGAGAGGAAUGCCUUAGGACAGUGACACAGUUACUCUGUACAGUAUUAUAGUGAAGAUGGGUAUAUGACAUUAUUUAUUUGUCAAAAUCCAUACAUUCUACAACACCAAGAGUGCACCCUGCUGUAACCUGUGGGCUUUGGGUGACAAUUGUAUAUCAGUGUGUUUCUCAUUUGUCACAAAUGUACAACUGUUGCAAUGGACAGAGUGUUUGUGUUCCUCCAAAUUUCAUACAUUGCAAUCCUAACAGCCACGGUGAUGAGGAAUGGAGGCCUUUGGGGCCCCUGCCCUCAGGAUUGGGAUUGGUGCCCUCUAGAAGACACCUCACUGUGCCAUAUGAGGCCAGGGUGAGGGGACUCUGUCUAUGAGGAAGUGGGGUCUCCUGGACACUGAAUCUCAUGGCACUUUGAUCUUGGGCCUCCAGCCUCAAGAACUGUGAGAAAUAAAUUUCUGUUCUGCA